UCGGUGGUUCGGCCCCGCCCCGGGGCGGCCCCGCCGCUGCCGGUCCCGGUGCCGCCGCUGCCCGCGGGCUCGGGGCCCGGCCCAGCCGCGCGGGAGGAGCCGCGGUCGGCGAGAGCCCCGGGCAGCGUCCGCCUCCUGCGCUGGAUGAGCGGCGGGGCCGGAGCGGCGGGGCCGGCAGGAGGACGCCGGGAAGAGCCGUGACCGCCAGCAGGGACCCUCCGGGCCCCCCGUGCAGCGCCCCGGGCCCCGCACGAGCCCCGCGCCGACCUUCCUGCAGCCCCGGCCCUGCUGGCACCGUCCCAGGAUGUGGUGCCGGAGCCUGGCGGGGCUGCUGGGGCUGCCGGCCCGGCGCAGCGGGAGCAGCAGCGGGAGCUCCAGCCGCAGCGGGAGCAGCAGGGGGAGCAGCAGCCGCGCCGGGAGCAUCUCCAGCCGUGGGAUCAGCAGCCGCCGCCCGGCGGGGCCGCCCCCGGGCCCAGGGCCCGUCCUGGCUGCUGCAGCUCGCUGGCAUCACACGGCCCCGGAGUCCCUCAAGUGUGCCUGGCAGUUACACCGGGACCAUCUAGAGCUGCGCUACGCCGAGACGCUGAUGCGCCUGGACUUCGUGUGGCUGCGCGACCACUGCCGCUCCGCCUCCUGCUACAACGCCAAGACCCACCAGCGCAGCCUGGACACGGCCAGCGUGGACCUGGGCAUCAGGCCCCAGGCCGUGAGGGUGGAGGGGGCCACGCUCUUCCUCACCUGGCCAGACGGGCACGUGACGCGCUAUGGGCUGGAGUGGCUGGUGAAGAACAGCUACGAGGGGCAGAAGCAGCAGGUGAUGCACCCACGGAUCCUCUGGAAUGCUGACAUCUACCACCAGGCCCAGGUCCCGUCCGUCGACUGCCGGAGUUUCCUGGAGACAGACGAGGGGCUGAAGGAAUUCCUGCAGAACUUCCUGCUCUACGGGAUCGCUUUCGUGGAGAAUGUCUCUCCCACCAAAGAGGACACUGAGAUCCUGGCAGAAAGGAUCAGCCUCAUCAGGGAGACCAUUUAUGGCCGCAUGUGGUACUUCACCUCUGACUUCUCCCGGGGGGACACAGCCUACACCAAGCUGGCCCUGGACCGGCACACGGACACCACCUACUUCCAGGAGCCCUGCGGCAUCCAGGUGUUCCACUGCCUGAAGCACGAGGGCACGGGUGGGAGGACACUGCUGGUGGAUGGUUUCUAUGCAGCAGAGCAGGUUCUGCAGCGAGCCCCCGAGCAGUUUGAGCUGCUCACCAAGGUGCCCCUGAAGCACGAGUACGUUGAGAACGUGGGAGGCUGCCACAACCACAUGAUCGGCGUCGGGCCCGUCCUCAACGUCUACCCCUGGAACAACGAGCUCUAUCUCAUCAGGUACAACAACUACGACCGGGCAGUGAUCAACACAGUGCCGUACGACGUGGUGCACCGCUGGUACGCCGCGCACCGCACCCUCACCGCCGAGCUCCGCCGGCCCGAGAACGAGCUCUGGGUCAAGCUGAAGCCGGGCAAGGCCCUGUUUGUGGACAACUGGCGGGUGCUGCACGGUCGGGAGGCCUUCACGGGCUACCGGCAGCUCUGCGGCUGCUACCUCACCCGGGACGACGUGCUCAACACGGCGCGGCUGCUGGGCCUGCAGGCCUAGCCCCGGCCCCUGGGGGCAGCCCCGGGGCCACCAGCACCGCCCCCCGGGCCACCAGCACCGCCCCCGGGGCCGCCACAUCGCACAUACCUCAGACACCUGCACCCUCUCCAGGCAGCUCCCGACGCCUGCUCGGGAGAGGGAGCAGGUGGAAGCCAAAGGUGAUGGAAGCUUUAUGGGACCACGUUCUGCCUUGGGGCUGCCCGUGUCCCCAGCCUGCUGCUUCCAGCCCAUCAGCUCUGCUGGGGAGGUGCUCAUCACACUAUGAGAAGUGUUCCUCAGUUAAGUGCCUUCAGGAUUGGAAAUCUCAGCAGUUUUCCCUGUUGUUCAGCCUUUGUUUUUUUUUCAGCUGGCAGCUCUGGGUUGGGUGUUUUAUCUUGCUUUUAUAGCAGAGCAGAAUGGAAUUUUGUGGGAUCUUGUCUCACCCCAGGCUGGACUUCACCCUUUCCAGAGAAAAUUCAUGUCUGUCUGAUGGAAGUGCCACUGCUCACCCUGAGGGAAGGUGGCAUAUUUUAGUGUCUUUCUUCUUAAACACACUACAUGCCCCUGCAGCAGUCCCUGACACAGGCUGUGCUGCUGGAGAGGUGGCCUAGGAGGGGAACCUGGUAUAGUUUAGGGUAUUCCUGAGAAAGUUUAAUGUAGAAGGAGAGGAGAAAGUAGCAAUGUUGGGAAGGAGCGAUGACAGUGUUAGAUGAGGGAUGUAUUCUGACAUUUCUUGGGUGUCCAGUGGUGUAAGGCUGGUGUUCCUCCUGCCUGUUACACCCUGCUGCCAUCAAGGGCAAAGGCUCAGCAGCUGCAGUGUUUGCUGACCAGUUUCCCACUGUGCCUGCUUUUCCAGCUUUGCUGGAGAAGGAGUUGAUGUUGGGUCCUUGUUACACUGGCUGCUGGGUGAGGCUGGCCAGGUCUUUUCCACCAGAUUCUCCUGGCUGUGGAGACAAUGAACAUGAAGGUGCCCUGCAGCUCCUGCUGGCUGGUGAGUGAAUCACUCUGGACGUGGAAAGGCCACAGUGUAAGGAACAAAAGCAAAUCCUGAUAUUGCUAGAAACAUUAGGAUUUUAGAACCAAGAAGAGAUUUUAGGAUUUUUUUUCUUUUUCAUUCUUCCAUAUCUUUGGGGGUGUUCACUCUGCUCUGACUAGACCGUAAGCCAGGGCUGGUCCCUUUCCCUCCUGGCUCCUCUGUGCAAGCAAGAUGUCCAAGGUGCAAGUGCAGCACAAUGUGUCUGUGCUAAACAUGCUGCCCCCAUUUAAUCUAAGUACUGGCGAUAUAGAUUCUAGUGUUCAGAGACACUCUUGGCAGCUUCUCUUUAUGCAGGCUGAACUGCCUGUUGCUGCCAUUCCCAGGGGUUCCCCUGCUGCAGUUACCAGGAGCUGGAAGGGGUUUCUGAGCCCAGGCUGUUGGCCAGAAGAUGUGGUAGCAGGGCUAGUUUCACCCCCUGGCCUGGAGCACAGGGAAGGGAUGCUGGCAAAAACCAAUCUCUGUGUUCAUUGACAAAGGAGAGGACAUCUGAAGUCCUUGAGCAGGGGAGCCUUCUUUCAAAUUAUUUGAGGGUAGCAUGGGUUCCUGAGCUCUUCUUGCCUGUGUGCCCCCAGGAUACAAGGGACAGUGUGUGGGGUUAGUGUGGAAACCUUCCUGUGGUCAAUGAGCUGGGCUUUACCCCCAGCUCAGGGGACCUCUCUCUGUGUCAGCUGCAAGCUGGAAACCUGCUGCCAGAGGACUCUGGCUGGCAGGAGGGACAACCAACCAAAGUGCAUUGAUGAGGGACUGUUGUGACAUGGGUGCCUUUCUGACAGGGACAUGGGGACUGUGGCUGCUGCCAGGGGCUCUGGGCUUCACCCACCAGCCAGCUCCAAACCAACCUGCUCCUCAGGGGGGUGUGUGAGCCGUGCUGGGAUGUUGCUCACACAGAGGGAGCACAUUUCCCCACAGCUACCCUCACAUUCCUGUGCCCACCCCCACAGCAAAAUGUGGAGAGGGCAGAGCUUUGUCUGAUCCUUGUGCUUCACUUUCCCAAGAGGGCUACAUUCUUGCAGAGCAGCUUGUGAGCAUCACAGCCUCAUUUAAAGGAAGGGGACAGGUUGGCAGUUGGUGCCUGGCUGCUGCAGGCACUUGUGCCAUGUUAUGGAGCAGGUUUGCUUUGCUGUAAGGAUCUCGGACCAGUUUUUGUAAUCAAGCCUUUUCAAUUCUUUCAGCACUAAAUGCUGAACUGCUUCCUUCUCCUUCCCCCUGCCCUGGUGAUCCAUUGUGUGUGUUUUGGAAAAUGUCUUAAACUAAGACAUCAAGCCUUCAAAUAAAGGAUUUAUAAAGUGGUCAGCUUAAUAAAAUAUAUAUUUUAAGUAGUCAUGAACUUGAAAAAUAAAUGUCUGUAUGACUUAACAAAGGUGGAAUAAACGCGAGGAGCAGUAAA